AUGUCCGCCAACAGGGAUGUGCUCGCUAAACAUGUCGAGAGGCAUCAACCUCUUCCCCAAGCCGCCACGUCCUCGCUUUCCCGGUCUCAACAUGCUCGAAGCAACAAAGAUCAGCAUCAAUCGCGUGCCACUCCCUCUUCUUCCGUUUCCGCUUCCGCCUCUGACCCUUCCGCCGCGUCGCCCACGCUCGGCGCGCUUCACAGGCUCCUCCCAUCCGGAGCCGUUCCCGCCGGAUCCUCCGACGACCGCGAUUUAUCGUCCAUACCGCCGCUUACCACCACCGCAAGUCCCGUAGACCUGCGGGACCGCACUGGUGCCUGCAGCACCAGCGGCGGGGAUGGCGGCGGAAGGGGCGGCGUUUCAAGAGCCGGAUCUUUCGGUCUUAGUGGUAGUGGUGCCUUCCGUGCGGCUGGCGCAGGCGCUGGCGGUGGCGCCGCGGAUGCGUACACGUGGCAGACGGUGGAUAGCGGCGUCGCGGGGAGCUUAGAGUAUCGCAUGCGCUUUAAAGACCGCCUCGGGCGCACGUGCUCCCCCUGGCACCACAUACCUCUCAAUACCCGCAACGGUCACGUGCACGUGGUUUGCACGACGCCUAAGAAAUCCUGGGCGCGCUUCGAAGUCGCCGCGGAUGAAGAGUUUUCCCCGUUGAGGCUAGCGCGCAAAGCGCUCGGGGAAGGAACGGGCGUCGGGGGAGCGGAAGGCGCGUGGGGGGCAGGUAGCGGGGCAGGGAUCGGCGGAGGUAUCGGCGGAGGUAUCGGCGGAGCGAUCGACGGGUGCGCGGGGGGAGUUUCUUCCGCCGUGGUUCCGCUGCACUACGCGUCGAACUGCCCGUGGAACGUGGUGAUGCUGCCGCAGACGUGGGCGGAUCCGCAGCUGCCGAAUUUGGACUAUCUAGGGUUGCGCUACGACGGGCGGCCGAUGGAAAUGGUGGAGCUAGGCCGCAAGGCGCGGAAGAGAGGACAGGUAUACGCGGUGAAGGUGGUAUCUGCGUUCGCGCUCGUGGACCUGCCGACCAUGCGCCUUUCCUGGAAGCUGCUGGGCAUGGCUGUCAGCGACAGGCGCGCGCGGCGAGUGAGCGACGCGGGGGACGUGCACCGCGUGAUGCCCGGGACGCUGGAAGAGGUGCGCGAGUGGCUGCGGCAGAGCGAGCGCGUGCGCGCGCACGACCGCGAGUGGGUGUUCGGGCUGAACGAGCGCGCGGGGGACGCGUUCCUCGCGGGAAAGCUCGUGGCGGAGGCGCACGCCGCCUGGCAGCGCCUCGUGGCGCGCGUUCCGCCGCGCACCCCCGCGUUUUUGAAGGGGGAGGAGAGGGGAAGGGGAGCGGAGGGCAGGAGGGAAGGGAAGGGGGAAGGGCAGGAGGUGGGGAGCGGGCAAGUGAAGGGGAACGGGGACGGGGAUGGGCAGGAGCAGGAGAGAGGCGAUGGUGCUGCUACUGGUUCUGACACCAGCCAUGGCUCAAACACGCUCGGCCUUUCCAUUCCCCUUCACACCCCCCCUCUCACUCCCACUCACCCGCAUCCCCCUCCCUCUACCCCCCCUCACUCGUCCAUCUCUGGUACCUCCACCCCCUCGCACAUAGCCACUCCUCCCCGCGCUCCCUCCUCCUCCGCCACACCCCCGCGCCUGUAUCACAGUGACUCUGACGCGUCGUCUCUGUCAGCUGGCACAGGACAUGAGUCAGCUUUCACAUCAGCUGGUGCUGGUGGUGGUAGUGCUGGUGGUGGUGGUGGUGGUGCUGCUGCUGCUGGUGCUGCUGCUGGUGCUGGUAGCAGUGGUAGCAGCAGCAGCAGCAGUGGGAUGGAGGAGCGUGCAUUGCCAGUCAAUGUGAUUCCACUGCGUGAUCCCAGGGCGAAGCUGCUGGUGCGGGCCAUGAGACGACCUGACGCCACAGAGAGUGUGCUUGCUUUCAAUGGGUCGGAUGACGAAGGGGAGGAGGAGGAGGAUGGGGAGGAGGGUGAGGAGGGUGAGGAAGGUGAGGAAGAAGGGGAGGGUGAGAGGGGGGAGGAGAGCAAGGGCGAGGAAGGGGAGGGUGAUGGUGGUGUUGAUGCCGCUGGUACCUCUAGUGGCGGUAGGGACAGGGGGAGUGGAAAGGGAAAGAAGGGUAAGGGUGCAGUAACCGUUACGUGUUCGCGCAGGGAGCUGCUUCGGUUUCUGAGGUCAACAGAUCCCCGCCUCUCUCGACCGGCGUAUAUCGCAUUCAACAAGGGGUUUAUUCAUAUGGAUGAGCAGCAGCAAAAGGAAGAGCUAGGCGGGGAUAAUGACGAGGGGGGCGGGGAUAAUGACGAGGGUGGCGGGUUUCCUGGUUCUUCUGCUGCCGCUGCUGCUGCUGCUGCUGGUGGUAAUGGUAAUGGUGCUGGUGAUGGUGCUGGUGCUGACAGAAGUGGGUCUAAGGGCGCAGGGAGGGUUUUCGAGGAUGCCACUGCACGUUCGGAUAGGGUGCAUGAGGAGGGUGGGGGACGGGCGGGUGGGAAUGGCGAGGGGAGUGAACAUGGUGCUGUUGCUGCGCAGGCGAGUUCAGAUUCAGAUGGGGUGUUGGGAAGCGGAGGAGCUGGGGGGAUUGGGGGAGGAGAAGGAGGGGGAGGGGGCGGGGAUGGGGAUGGGAGGAUAGUGGGCAAGAGCAGCAGAAGGAGUGGCAGUGGCAGCAGCAGCAGUAGCAGCCACAGGAAUGGGGGAAGUAGCUGGGGACGACAAUUGGGGAAGGUGGAGGAGGAGCCGGAAGAGGAGGAAGCAGCAGAGGUGGAGCAAGGGAGUGGAGGAGAGGACGGGGAAAAGGGGGAUGAGGGGGAGGAAGGGGAGGAAGAGCAUGGAAGGAAUGGAGAUGGGAGGGAGAGGGGGAGGGAGGCAGGCAGGGUUGCAGAGGCCGGGGAUAGGUUGGCGGAGAGGAGCAGAAGUGGUGGAGGAGGAGAAGGAGGGCAAGUGGGUGCUGGUCCGGUGUACCAUGGAGCCACGCAUGCAGGCACAGAUAAUAGUGCUGCUGCCGUCGCUGCUGCUGCUGCUGGAGAAGCAGCUGUUACUUGUACUGUUGCUACUGCUCCUGCUGAAAGUGGUGGUGCAAGCGAUUCCGUGGCUGACAGAAAUGACCGUAUGGAUGGCAGCGGUGCUGCUGUUGAUGGGAUAGGGGGUCACGCACAUGAGGUACACGUGGGGCCCUUUCAAGCACAGGCAGCAAUCACUGGCGGAGGAGGGGAGGGUGAUGGGGAAAGAAGGCAACAGGAUAGCACUGGUAGAACAGAUAACUCCACCAGUCUUCUUGAUCCCAACGCUCUUUCAACUCCACCUACCCUGUCAGCGGCGUCAACAGCAGCAGCAGCCACAGCUGACGCUCCUUGUGCUGUCCUCGCUUCUUCUCUUGCCCCGGCUGCUGCUCCCAGCCUGUCCCUCCCGUCCCCUGGGAGCAGCAAUCGUGCGGGUCAGUUCAGCCGGACCUCCCUCCCCCAAGGUAGUAGCAGUCCAUUCAUGCACGCAUCAUGCUUGCGCUUGCUGCACUCUCCACUUUCAAUUGUCUUGGCUUCUUUCCUCACUGCUCUCCCCACUCCUCUGCGCCCCCUUCACUUCCCUGUUUUCGACCCCUCCUCCUCCCUUCCUCUCUCUGUCCCGACCUGCCCCCUCUUGUCCCAGCAGGUCGCUCACACGGGAGUGGCAGUGGCGGGGGACAUGGAGUGCACAGUCAGCAGCUGCUCUUCACCCAAACCACCUACAGCUAAGUACCCCGCCCUUCCUCUCUUCUCCCAACCCUCGCACUGUGUUGCUUUGCUUGUCAUGCUUGCACCAUGCAUUACACUCCCGUUUUCACUGCUCUUUGUCACACCCAUUAGACCUCCCUCCCCCAAGGUAGUAGCAUACUCACUUCUCUUCCGUUCUCUCCUUUUUGUUGAGGGGAGGGGCAUGGGGGUCAACACCGCCGCUCCCUCGCGCUCCUCCCCUGUGACCGUGCAGGUGGCAGUGGUGGAAGGGAUGAGUACUCCACUCGGCUGGGGUGAAAAGGGAGAGUCUCGGGAUUGGGUCGUCUGGAACAAGGCUGUAGCAGGGCGGCAAGGGGGCAGCAGCGGGGCAGUAGCGGAGGGGAUGGGAGGGGCAGCGGCAGCAGCUGAGGAAGCAGAGUAG